UUACAUUGACCUUAGAGUGUCAAACGUUUACCAUAACUUUACGAACUUAUUUUACAUUGAAUUAUAAGACAUUUUGGUUUACAUUUACAAACAUUUUUACUUUUCUUUUUUUUCUUUUCGAGAUUUAUUUUCUUAUAAUUAAAUAUGGAGGCAUCUGUAAUAUCUUCGCGUGAAACAAUCUUUGACCGAGAAAUUAAGGAUAUUAAAUCGUUCAACUUUUGGCGGGCAGUUAUAGCAGAAUACAUCGGGACGCUGAUUCUUUUUCAGUGGUCUAUCGGAUCGUCGUUACAUGACCCCGAGGACCAGUCACCCCCGGACCCACUUAUAGGUGCUAUCUGCACUGGAUUUGUUGUAGCUGUCGUGAUAAACUCACUUCUGAAUGUUAGUGGCGGGCACGUGAACCCUGCAGUUUCUAUAGGAUUUCUAGUGUUGGGAAAGAUCACCUUUAUUCGUUUUAUAUUUUACGUCUGUGCUCAAUGUCUCGCCGGUCUCUCGGCUGUUGCUAUUUUGAGUAAACUUACUCCCGAAGGAAUGAUAGGACUGCCGGCACUUAUAAGCCCAGCACCUGGUGUUACAAAUGUACAGGCGUUUUUCAUUGAAUUCAGCAUCGACUUUUUUCUUUUGUUUUCAAUAGCGGCUCUUAUAGAUGACAAGCGUCCCGACGAUACGUCACCGACGCCAUUUUACGUCGGGCUGAUUGUGGUUGGAAAUAUUUUAUUUGCUGCAAGAACUUCCGGUGGUUGUAUGAAUCCAGCAAGAAACUUUGGACCUGCAAUCCUGACCGGAAAUUUAGAAACGCAAUGGGUAAUAUGUAUUUUCUGAUUUUAUGGAUAAACGAUUAAUUUGUAAAUAUUUUAUAUGUCCUGUU